AUGUCACAAUCUGAUAAAAACGAAUUGAAUCAAUUAAAUGAAGAACGAAGUGAAAAUGAUCUCGACUACAAAACGGUUGCUUUCAACCCAAACAAAUCGCUCUCUAUCGAUCACCAAAAAGCACGUCUACCUAUCUCUAAUUUCAAAGAACAGAUAAUAUACCUUCUCGAGAAGUUUCAAGUGCUUGUUGUGGUUGGUGAAACAGGCUGCGGAAAGAGUACACAGCUUCCUCAAUUUCUUCACGAAUAUGGAUAUGCUGACGCAAAAGCGGAUGGAGAUGAUGUCUCCGGUGGUCAGAGACAGAUCAUCGGGGUUACUGAGCCUCGAAGAAUCGCUGCCAUUUCCCUUGCAGUUCGGGUGAGCGAAGAAAUGAACGUUGAACUUGGCAGACAAGUGGGCUAUUCAAUUCGCUUUGAAGAGCUGUACGACAAAGCCGAGACGGACAUCAAGUUUAUGACAGAGGGCAUUCUCAUUCGGGAAAUGAUGAACGAUCCACUGCUGACCAGUUACUCUGUGGUGAUAGUCGAUGAGGUCCACGAGCGCAGCGUCAACACCGACAUCUUAAUGUCACUGCUGAAGAAGAUCAUCAGAAAGAGGCCAGAUUUGAAGCUGAUCAUUUCCUCUGCCACUCUGGACAGUGAUUUGAUUUGCAAGUAUUUUAACCAGGUGAAUGAAAAGACUGUGGAGCGAGCUACGGUUUUAUUCGUCGAAGGCCGAACAUUCCCGGUGGACGUCUUCUACCUUUCUCAACCGACGGCAAAUUACCUUAAGGAAGCAGUCCAGACGGUCAUCAAAAUUCACGAAAGCUUUCCCAAUGGCGAUGUUUUAGUGUUUCUAACUGGACAAGAAGAGGUAGAGGAGGUCACUAGUCAACUGUUUGAAUAUGCCAGAAGUUUAAAAGAAGAGUCGCCAACAAACUACAAGAAACUGUUUGUGCUUCCGCUGUACGCUUCACUACCUGCCAAUGAUCAGCUAAAAGUGUUUCAAACAUUUCCACGUAGCGUCCGUAAAGUUGUCGUCGCGACGAACAUUGCUGAAGCGUCGAUUACCAUCAACGGAAUUUCAUUUGUCGUCGAUGCGGGCUUCGUUAAGAUGCGUUACUUCAACCCAAACACGGGCACAGACUCGCUGGUGAUAACUCCCGUCUCAAAGGCAUCAGCGCAGCAACGAGCCGGUCGUGCCGGCCGAAACAAGCACGGCUAUGCAUUUCGACUUUUCCCAGAAAAGGAAUUCAACUCUCUCAUUGACUUCACUCCGCCCGAGAUUGAGCGCGUCGCCCUUGCCUCUGUCAUCAUUCAACUGAAAGCCCUGGGUGUGAAUAACGUGGUCAAGUUCGACUUUUUAUCGCCUCCUCCAGAGAGGAACAUCAUCUCAGCGUUAGACAUACUCUACGCACUGAAGGCUAUCGACGACGAGGGAGCUCUCACCGAUCCACUUGGCUUGCAGAUGGCCGAGUUUCCACUUAGUCCGGCAUUCUCUAAGAUGCUUCUGGUCUCCGAGGAGUUUGGCUGCAGUGAGGAGAUUCUCACCAUUGCCGCCAUGCUGCAGGUGCAAAACAUAUUCUCCCAACCUGGAGGCGGCCAAAGGGCAAUACAGGCUCGCAGAGCGAAGCACAACCUCUCUGUGGAAGAGGGAGACGCCAUCACCUACCUCAACAUCUACCGACAGUUCAUGAAGAGUGCGCAAAUUCGAAGCUGGUCUGAUCGCAACUACCUCAACUACAAAGGCCUAAUUCGAGCACAUGAGAUCAGAAAUCGGCUGAAGAGUUUACUGCGCAAAUUCAACGUCCGCCUGGUGUCCUCCAACGACGUGGACGCCAUUCGCAAGUGCCUCGUUGCGGGCUUCUUCACCAACGCAGCCCAGCUGGACCAGGACGGCACCUACCGGACGCUGCGCGGCAAUCACCAGCUGCUGCUCCACCCCACCUCAGUGCUCUUCACCAUGAAGAGGCCGCCCAAGUUUGUCGUCUUCACCGAGGUCAUCCACACCACCAAGUCGAAUCAGCAGAACCUGUACAUGCGCGAGGUGACCGCCAUCAAGGCCAAUUGGCUGUACGAAAUUGCGCCGCACUACUACGAAUUCGGCACCGACCGAGAGGUGCAGGAGCGCAACAUGAGCAAGUGA